CACAACACAGAUGUUGUGAUAAAGGGACAUAUGAUGUGGAAAAGCAGCUGUGUUGUGGUCCAAUUAACGAUAAGAAGAUCCUUGAAAUGAACUCUACAGAUCACCAGUGCUGUUAUCAUGACCAGUUCAACACAAAGACCGAGUGCUGCUGUUGGAAAAAGGAAAGUGCUGAAGUACAAUUGAAGAAUUCAUCUUGCUGUUCAGAGGAGUCAGCUGUGCUUGAAGGUCAAAGCAAUUCCAAGGUGGGAAACCAAGUCUGCUGUGAUGGCUGUUCAUCUGUGCAGAAGCCUUGGAUCAAUCAAUGCUGUGGGGACACACCGUUUGGCUCAGCACAACGUGGAGUUCUCUGUUGUAACAACACCUUGUACGAGAACAGAAAUGAUGGAGAGGAAUGUUCAGAGACGGGUAUUCCUUAUGACCCAACUAAAGGGACCAUAUGUUGCUCUCAGUUUCAUGGCAGCCCGGGACAACACUGCUGUGGGACAGAAAUUUACCAGCCUGAUGCUGAGAUCUGCUGUAACGGACACAGACAUUCCAGAUUGGAAAAUAUUCACUGCUGUGGGAUUAAAGCCUACAACAUUAAAGACCCACAGAUGAAGUGCUGUGCAGGAACACUGUACAAUCUGACACUGUUAGAUGAGCAUGGACAGGACGCACAGUGUUGCGGAUCCCUUCUGCAAAAGCAACAGGACAUUUGCUGCUCAAGUGAGGACAGAGAAGUGCUAUACUCUGCUAAGACGGGAUUCAGAUGCUGUGGUCACCUCUACUUCAACACCACCCUGUGGUCAUGCUGUGCUGAGCGGCUGAGAUCAAUCCAUGAACCAGGACAGGAUCGGAGAAAGAUGAAUAAUGAAUCCAGACUUCAAUCAGUGAAUAAUAUGAACAAAACUGAUCUUUGCAAAAAAAUGCGCAUCGGGACGGUGGAAAGUGUCUCUCUGCAUAGCAUUGUGUUCAAGAGCGUGCUGAAGAUCCGUGGAAAGAAGGCCAAAGUGAAAGCGUUGCCUUUCCCUUAUAUCUUGAAAACGGAUGAUCACUGCAGCUCACCCAAACUGAUUCCUGGGAAGAUCUACUUCUUUAACAAAGUUAAUGUUUUCACCGAUUCCAACCAUGACACUGUUCUUCAGUCACUCCACUUCAUUUUUUCUAAGUGUUCAGCUUAGAUCACCAGUCACUGAUGGAUACAUAUUACUUCUUACUCACACACUGAUUUACAUUUUUUCACAACAGCUAUUACAGAGAUGCGUUGUCACAUAACGGUCUGUUACCUCUAAAACAAUCAACCGUAAAGGUACUCAUCAUCAUAAAAAAAUUAAACCUGACGUUUUACCAGCAAUACCAGCAGCAAAGUUGGUGAAAACCAACCCAAAAAGAUCUUUUCAGUUCAUCAUUGCUUUUCUUACUCAUUCAGGCUCAAAAUAUGACCUGUUUGCUUGGAUUAGCAUGCA